UCCAUUUACGAAUUACGUAUCUGGGAUCCAUUUCUCCAAUUUAGGGUUUUUUCCGCCCUUGUACCUUUCUCCUGCAAGCUGUAAUAGAGCUAUCGGUUCCGUUUUUCCUUUUGAUUUUUAGUUUUAAUUCCACUUCUUUUCCGUCGAAACCCUUUCAAUCGGGUCGAGAAUUGUUGCUGAAAACUUUUUCAUCUGAUCUACAAUGGCUGAGCACUUGGCCUCAAUCUUUGGCACCGAGAAGGACCGUGUCAACUGCCCUUUCUAUUUCAAGAUCGGCGCCUGUCGUCAUGGAGAUCGCUGCUCUCGCCUCCACAACCGCCCUACUAUUUCCCCCACUCUUCUCUUAUCCAACAUGUACCAGCGCCCCGACAUGAUCACCCCCGGCGUUGACGCUCAGGGCCAGCCCAUAGAUCCCCGAAAGAUUCAGGAACACUUUGAAGAUUUCUAUGAAGACAUUUACGAGGAACUUGGUAAGUUCGGUGAGAUCGAGAGCCUUAACGUAUGCGAUAAUCUCGCCGACCACAUGAUUGGCAAUGUCUACGUUCAGUUUAGGGAGGAGGACCAGGCUGCUGCCGCACUCCAAGCGUUGCAAGGGCGGUUCUACUCAGGUCGACCCAUUAUCGCAGAUUUUUCUCCGGUGACUGAUUUCCGCGAAGCCACAUGCCGGCAGUACGAGGAGAAUAAUUGUAAUCGAGGGGGGUAUUGCAAUUUUAUGCACGUAAAGAUGAUUGGGAAGGAUUUGAGGAGGAAGCUGUUUGGUAGGUACCGAGGAUAUAGACGGAGCCGGAGCAGGAGUAGAAGUUUGAGUCCGCGGAACCGGAAAGAGCACGAUAGGCGUGAGAGGGAUUACAGGGAUCGUGAUUAUCGUGGAAACGGACGGAGCAAGGAGCGUCAGGAUAGGGAUGGGGGAAGGAGAAGGCAUGGUAGCCCCAGACGAAGCAGAAGCCCUGUCACUGUGAGAGAAGGCAGCGAAGAGCGGCGUGCCCGAAUUGAACAGUGGAACCGAGAAAGGGAGGAGAAGCAGUGACGUUUUCGUAUUUUUUUCUGUUUGGUAAUUGUUCUCUGCUCUCUGUCAUUUUAAUUAUGUACCUUACUUACACUACAGUACUUCUGCCUGAAUAGGAAGUAGAAAUCUUUUAUAGACAAAACGAUGGACGUGAUAGAUAUCAAGUAGAUUUGCCUUUUUGGUUAUCUUUCUUGUUGAUAUUGAUUGAUCUGGUCGGAUAUGGUCUCCCAUAUGCUUUAACUUAUGCUUCUUCUUCUGUUUA